AUGAAUCCUUCGGAGCAGCUUGCUUUGACCAGUGCUUUGAAUGAAGAAAAUCCUGAUGUGUCUUGCAAAGGAGCAUUGGGUGUUUAUGGUGUGCUUCCUAUCGCGGAUUGUGUUCUGCAAUCACUCUUUGAAGAGACUUUGAUAUUUUUACAUUCUUACAGCUCGAUUGGCAAAUGGCGAGAGUUAGCAAGCUACCUUGGUCCUGGUGUGCAACUGACAUAA